AUGCCCGGCGAGAACCGGUCGACCGUGACGGAUUUCGUCUUGGUGGGGCUCCAUCACCCCCCGGAGCUGGGGGUCCCCCUCUUCCUGGGCUUCCUGGUCACCUACCUGCUGACGCUCUCGGGCAAUGGCAUCAUCAUCUUGGCCAUCCUGCUGGACGCCAAGCUGCACCGCCCCAUGUACUGGUUCCUGUGUCAUCUGUCCCUCCUGGACGUGACCAUCUCCUCCGCCAUCGUCCCCAGGAUGCUGGCCGGCUUCCUGCCGGGGAGCGGGGUCAUCUCGUUCGGGGGCUGCGCGGCCCAGCUCUUCGCCUUCCACUUCCUGGGCAGCGCUGAGUGCUUCCUGUACACCGUGAUGGCCUAUGACCGCUUCCUAGCCAUCUGCCGGCCUCUGCGCUAUGCCUCCCUCAUGACCCGGAGGGCCUGCGGGUCACUGGCGCUGGGCGCCUGGCUGGGCGGAGGGCUGCACUCGCUCCUGCAGACGGGCCUCGUGUUCCGCCUCCCCUUCUGCGGGCCCAACCGAGUGGACUCCUUCUUCUGCGACAUCCCGGCCGUGCUGCGCCUGGCCUGCGCGGACACGGCCCUGAACGAGCUGGUCACCGUGGUGGACGUCGGCUGCCUGGCCCUCACCUGCCUGGGCCUCAUCCUGGCCUCCUACGGCUGCAUCGCAGCGGCCGUCCUGCGGAUGCGCUCCGCCGCCGGCCGCCGCCACGCCGCGUCCACCUGCGCCGCCCACCUGGCCGUCGUGGCCACCUACUACGGGCCCUGCGCCUUCACCUACCUGCGGCCGGGGGCGCGGGACCCGCUGGACGGGGCGGUGGCCGUCUUCUACACCGUCAUCACGCCCCUGCUCAACCCCCUCAUCUAUACGCUGCGCAACAGGGACAUGAAGGCGGCGCUGGGGAGGCUGGGCGGCCGCAAGGACGUCCGGCCCCGCUGA